AUGUAUGAGAAUUAUUAUAAAUUAACAAACGUUGAACACAUCUCAAUUCAAAUGAAAAUGGUCGAAAUUAAUGCAAAACUCUUAUCUCAAUUUGAUUCAUUGAACAGUCAUCAUAACACAACGGAAAUAAUUAGCUAUAUAAACGACGUCGAGCAUCAACAUCAUCAUUCACUAUUUCAUUAUGAUUCUAUAUCAAAAAAAUUAAGAAUACGAGAAAAACAAACAUUACGUAUUCAAUGUUUUAUUCAACGUGCAUUACCAGAAUCUAUAUUACACGUUUAUUUACCCACAGAACCAAAAUCGAAUCAUCGCGUUGAACGCAAUACAACAUUAAUAAACGAAGAUAAAACAUAUCGAACACUUUUAACAACAACAUUUGUCGUUACUAAAUAUUAUCAUAAAAAACGAAUCUAUUGUGAAGGAAAUCAAAAAAUACAUGACAACAACUACAAAUUAUUAUCAGAUGGUUUGGAAAUGGAUGUGUCAUUUGCUCCAACUUGUCACACAACAUUUGUAUCCUAUUUUUAUACGGGCAAAAAUCGUGCUGUUAAUUUAACAUGUCAAAUGAAUGAUGCCAAUCCUCAUCGAUUAAAUUUUACUUGGAUAUUACCAUCAGGUCAAAAACGUAUUGGAAAUUUAAUUAAUGCUACAACAAGUUAUUUAACUAUUCACCCAUCUAUAGAAGAUUUUGGUACUAUACGUUGUAGAGCACAAAACGAUUUUAGUGGUAUUGGUGAAUGUGACAUAAAAAUGAUUCUUGGAGCCAGUCCAGAUCCAAUUGAAUCCUGCCGAUAUACGUACAUUAAUGCAACAUUAACUGUAAAUUGUGCAGCGGGAUUUCAUCAAGGUGAUGAAGAUUUUUUUUGCUACAUGUAUAAAAAACAAGAAAAUGGUUCUUACUCCGAACAUGGAAGAUUAAAAGGAAAUUGUGCCUUUAUAUUGCCUGAUCUAAAGCCCGAACUUCAUCACGAUUUUCGUGUAUUCACCAAAAAUAAAUAUGGUGAUAAUUAUGAAAAAAGUUUUUCCAUAACAGUUGGAAAAAUAAAAGAUAAAACACGUGUUUAUCGACCAUUGAUAACAUUUGUUGUUAUUGGUGCUUGUCUCUUUGCACUUCUCAUAUUAUGUUGUUGUUGUUUGAACAAAUUCUUCAGAGGACGGCGAAAAAAUAAAGCCAGUCGUGAUAAUAGUCUUACAUUUCAAAAUCACAUCUCUUCAAAUGGAAAACCACCCACUGGUUUAGUGCACACAAAAGAAAAUGGUAAUAUAUAUCCUGUACGUCCUUAUCGAUCAAAAGAUUUAAUAACAUCUAAUGGUGGAUCGACACUUCGUCUUGCGCAACCUCGGAAUAUCUACAAUGAAAAUGAAACUAUACCGACGCGUCGUAGUACAUUGAAGGAGACUGAUCUCGAUGAACUACUUGGCUCUGCUAUGCUAACCACAUCCACUGUUAAAUCAUUAACGAUGCGUAGUAACGGACGAAUACCACCUACCACGUUUUCACCACCAUUACUUCCUUUUCAAAAGGAAACAUCACCAUUAACAUUCGAUGAAUACCAUCAACAACAUCCACUGGUAACAAGUCAACGUCGUUCAAGUUUUCAAACAGCCACUAAGCAAAAUGCUUUCGAUCUUAUGCAUGAACCAUUUUAUUUAAGUGAUAUUAAACUCAAGCAUCGUGAUCAUGACAACACGGAGCGUGACUUGAGAGAGAGAGAACAUUAUCGAGAAACGAGAAGACGAGAAUAUUCACCAUACAAACACGAUGUAGUUGAAACGGUACGACGAAACGAAGAUGUGUUUAAUCCACGUCGUAGUUUAGUAGUGGAAAAUCAAAUGUUAACGAGCGGUAGUGUACGAAAUAAUGGAAAUCACACGGAUGAUCAAAGCGAUAUUGAAUUUAACACAUGGAAAGAAAUGAAAGAGAGUGAAGAAAUAGACUAUGGUCUAAAUAGUUAUAUUGAUGCUAACAAUACAGACGCAGAUCAUAUUUUAACAGAUGAUUAUAAUAAUAAAGAAACAGCAGGCGCUGACCUUGACAUUGAACAUUUAACAGAUUACACUGACGAUAGAAACGAUAGUUUUCAAAAUUUUGAUCGAAAUGAUGAGCAAACAAAUUGGAACGAUAUGAGAGGAGAAGAACAAAGAUAUAAAGAGAAUGGAAUUUUUGUGUAG